UCAUCUUUAAAGGUGAGGUGGCAGUAUUAUGGGUCAGCGGAAGGAGUUCUUGCCGGCUAUCCAGGUGCCAGUGUUUCUGACUGUGAUAGCUAUGACAACAGACUGAGACCUUGGUACGUCACCACUGCAACACCGUCACCUAAGAAUAUCAUAAUACUACUGGACUGUAGUACGUCAAUGGGUUUUAAUGGCAACUUGGAAGCUGCUAUACGUACCUCGGAAAUUGUACUGACCACACUUAACCCCGAAGAUAAGGUAACCUGGAUUUGAUUAACUAGAUAUGCUGUAAAAUCGUCUCCAAGUUAGCACCCACUCCCUUAAACACACGAAGAGAACAGUGUCCGCUUUGCCUCUCCCUCACUUAGUCAAGACGUCACAAGAAACGUUUUCCUUCUUUCUUUACAUGAAACCGUUGACUGCAAUGGUAGUGCUCUCUGCAUAUGUGUUAAUUUUUUCCAUAUUUUGACCGCGUCCCUUCAAAGUAACGAAAAGUUUCAAGGCGUAGCAAAACCAUUUUCUGGUCUUUUUUUUAGUUUGUUAAAAGGAAAAAUUAAAAUUUGCAAACCGUCCCUUUUGGAAUAAAUGUCCCCUCCCAGUAUUUGACCGAGAAUUAUAGCUACAUCAUGUGCUGGUUCAGAAUCCAAUCGCCUGAAAUAUUUACAUCAACUGUCAUACCAGACCAAGUUUCGUUCUGACAGCCACUGUAAAUGGAACCUAAUCCGUGAUUAUUUCAUUGAACUUUCAGGUAUCUGUCAUCCUUUUCAACGUUUCGACAUUUCUUCCUGGCGACCAAAACACAGAUGAUUGUUAUCACUCAACCAUGGCCUACGCCGGAACGUUUAACGUCAGAUACUUUAAGUCUUUCCUAAAAGGCGCACAACCAAAAGGUUAGAAAAAGCGAGGUAUACCAACUGUAUGCUUUUGUCUCAAUAGCCGCCUUCAAGCUUUUAGAUCUUUACUUGCUCUCAGGAGAACUUCAUAAUUUGUGAGGGGUCGUUGACUAUUUCAAGACAAUGUCAUCAUAAAUUAGUCAAUCUUAUUAAAGGGGGUGGGUCAUGGUAUUUCGCAACAUAACAAAUAUAGACAGUUGAAAAUUUUUAAUUUGUUAAAAAAGCGUGUCGAGCUCACCUGAUUGAAGUCCGUUUUAUUUUUCUCCCGUUUUCCCGUUCAUGCCCCUUUUUGUCUUAUCUGUGUUUCUUUUCCGUUGCUCUUAAGUUUGAAGCAAUUCUGAUCGUUUGCAAAGUGCUGACUUGGCCUGAAAUGGCGGGAUCGUUCCUCCUUUGGAAAACUGAUUAACUUGUAUUUAAACUAAUCAACUUUAUCAUGUCUAACUAGGUGGCACUCGGUUCAUCAAGGCCUUCAAAAGAGCCUUUCAGAUUCUCAAACAUACCUUUAACACUUCAUCGCAGUCGAUUGUCACCAGGCCCUCUAUGAUUCUUCUUCUCACGGACGGAGGUCGAAAGACAAGUCUGGUUGAAGAUGCCAUAGUGGAAGCUGUGAAAGAGGAAGUCGAGAUGUUUCGAGAUAAAUUUAAGAAAACCAGCUUUAAACUUAUGACACUGAGUUUUGGAGUCGAGAAGAAACACAAUGAAUUCUUGCAUAAGCUUACUUCCGCUACGGUGAGGGAAUGAGGUUGAAUUUAGACAUUCAGUUUACUGGUAUAUAAACUGAAUCCCUUCCAACGCCUAAGACAUUUUUCGGAGGACAUCUCAAAACUAACCGAUGGAGUAAAGUAUAGGUGUUUUAAAUAUCUACUAUGAAAAACCUUGGGUCUCUUCAGUUUCUUUUCAUAAUAGGAAGUUUGUAGGGUGGGGGAGUGGGGUAUGUUGGUGUGUAUUCCUUUCUGCUUCUCCUCUCAGCUAUGACCAUCUCUACUGAAAUUUGAUUCCUCGAUAGGCUACUUCCAAGUUCCAAAAACCCCCCUCUCUUUCAAAAUGAGGCCAAAUGCACAACCUUUCUUGUGAAAAAAGUUUUGUUUGCAUAAGAAUGAAAUACCAUUUCCAUAUCAAAGGCUGAGCACUUAACCUUGUUUUGAUACAGAGGCCUGGGGAAACUUGGAAAUGGCUUAUUCUCAGAGCUUAGCUUUUUAUAAGGCCUAUCAAGCAUAAUUUCAAGGAAGGAUUUCACAUUACGGGGCCUAGUAACCGGGCAACUUCUCUGCUAUUGUGUAUAAAGUUAUAAUUUCCUCUAUUUAUUUGUUUCCUUUAUUACAGUCACAUUGUUUGUUUCUUUUUAACAGAAUGGAUUAUUCAUGUCGGCCCAUCGCAACUCGGACACUUAUUCCAAGUUGAAACCAUAUUUUGACUAUCUGACGAAAGUUACUCCAGCUGGCACCAAUGACGUUGUGUUCUGUCCUCCUUAUGUGGAUGCGUGGGGACUAGGUACGAACGCUUGACGUUUCUUUAACGACUGGAGGAAAAUUAGAGGUGUACUUGGUGGACUGGUACCUUGCACACUCGCUCAUUACUUAUCUUAACUGCACGCUUAAUUUAUAAAUGUCAACAUAAUUUACCAAGCGUUUGAGCUGAGGCUCCGGCCAAUACAAAUCAGAUAUUAUUAAUUUUAUUUUAAAGUUGCGUUAGAUGUGAGGAGGUGUCAUUGACUAAUUGAUUCAGAAAGAACCAAUCCGAAGACACUCGAGUCAAUCAUGGUCACCCAUUAACUUUAAAAAGUAUCAAGAGCCAAUAUAACUUACAUCGUUUAACUGGCCAACUUAACACCAGUCAAAUUGAAUAUCAUCUUGUGACAGCUAAGCGGCCGUUAGAUUACAUUCUCUGGCAAAUGACAGCACUGUAUGCAUCACUGUUCAUCCUUUCCAGACGUAUUAUUCCUCAGAUGAUUAUCCUGGAAAGACCUCUGAUAACCCCCACUCUUAACCUUUUUAAACGUUUGGACAAAUUCAUCCCCUCAUAAUUGGACAGCUAAUGGCACUUAAUGCCAAAAUAUUACAAGAAUUGGCAGUUCUUGGCGACUAAAGUUAGUUUGGUUUGGUUUGACCUUCGAUCAAGGUACUUACUGCGUAAAAUACCUUUCGUUACACUAGAAAAAAUAAAAAGUGGAAAAUAAAAACCUGCAUUGAAAUAAAGAAACUUCUCAGAGGCCCUUCUUUGAACAGGUUAUAUGAUAACAGCGGCCAGUGCUGUUUUGAAAGACAACAAGCUUCAAGGUGUAGUCGGAGUGGAUAUUCCCAUGACAGACCUGAUAUCCAAUGUCCAGUAUUUUUCGAAAGGCGCUGGCUCCAAGUCCUACGCAUUUCUGUUUCACACCAGAACUGGAAUAACACUGAGUCAUCCGAAAUUACCAACACCAGAGUCUAUCACUGAAGAUCCCAAUGCUGUGAAUAUACUGGAGCUUGAAGAAGGGAAAGAAUUCAAGGACCUGUUUGCGGAAGUUCAGGAGUCAGCGGCAGGGUAUGUCUCUGUUAAUCCAUUCAGUCCCAGAGUCAGAUCAAUAGAGAGAGGGUAAAUUUCAAAAAGAAGUAAGGCACUGAAUCGGUUGGGAACUGAAGCACAAAAAUGCCAGCCCUUUUUAGUUGCUCAGUGCGAAUCAAGUGAUUGUGGGUAGAGUUUUCCAACAUUAUAUCAAACCACAAUGAAGUGCGAUGUGGCAAAAGAAGAUUUUUCAUUUUAUUGCUACCACACGAAGCACUACCUCUCUCAGUGAGAGUCAAGUUUUUGUAGCCGUUAGUAACGCUAGGAGGAAUUCAGGCAGAAUCAAAGCUAAUCAACUAUGCAGGAUCGGUUAGCCAGAGUACCACUGCCACGGUGGUGAUUCCCCCUUCCUUUCUUCUGUUCAUAAUUGAGUGAGACCAAUGUUACAGCCUGUGUAUGAGGACGUGCUACAGACGAGCGCGAUUUCCAUACCACUCUUUUCAUUUUCAGUCAACCAAUACAAAAGGACAUAUUUGAGAAACAGCAUUACUUGCCAAGGGGAGGAUCAUUAGGAAAUGGUGUGAUGAAUGUGACAGUGGAUUUCACUUAUCAUUGUCAGCCCCUUGAAGUUGGAAUGAAGGAAUACACUGUGUGUAUUGCCAUGGAAAAAAAUGAUCACUCCUAUUUAUUUAAACACGAUGGAAUAGGUGGGUUUUUUUCUUUUUACUAUUGAUCAUUUUACUAACAUCCGUAACCUUUAAGCUUUACACCUGCAUAACAGUAAUGGUAGUCAUUUAAGUGGUUUUCUAUCCAAUUUCGAUACGAACCUGAAUAGUCCCUCGAUCAAAAUAGUCUUCACCAAACACCGAGUUGUAAACAGGUCUUCUUCUGGCUGAAAUUUGCAAGCAUCAUUGUUUACUUCUGAUACAGUGGCGGAUCCAGGAGAGGGGCCCGAAGGGCCGAAAAAUGUUUUUUGGAGACCCACCCCUCCCCCUUUUAUCUGAAGAUCUGGAUUCGCCACUGAGAUGUGGCCUGCAAAAUUAUUUAUGCCUAACGCUGGGCCUUUUUUUAACUUUUAGACGAGCAAGAACGGAGACUAGAGUCACGUUUGCGACUAACUUCAAAUAAGCGCCCUUUAGCUGCCCUCUUCUAAUAACGACCAUUUCACCGCUUCUCGUUCCCUUAAAACACAAUUUACAGAUGUUGAACAACAACCAUUUAUCAGCAUCGUUGUAAAGAAAUUUAUCUCAAAUAAUAUGAUUACUGCAACUUGAAAAUGUUUUGUAAACAGACGCUGUUUCUACCACAUGAUAAGCUCCAGCCUUGUUGCUUAUGCUAAAGUAAAUAAAAAAGUCAUAAAUUCAAAGAAGAGCCAUUUUUCGCCUUAACUCUCCUCAACCUCUAUUCCCCCAUACUGAAUUUAAAUAAGCGUCCGAGCAUUAAAUUGAACGACAGAACCAUCAUUAUUAUAGGCCUUUCUCAACUGUUUGAAGAACAUCAUAUGUAAAGAUUGAAUUCAGCUGAAUCUAUUUAUUUUUUCACAGCUUUGGGUGCCUCUUCCCACCCAGUUACCUAUCACCGCAUGGAUGUGUUACCAGAAGCCAAGACCUGUUACCACACCGACACAUUGUCUUAUGCAGGUACGCCAGUAAAAGGGAAACUGUGGUGUUGGCUGGUCUCAAACUAGCAGGUUUGCUUGUGGGACAAUGCUAAGCAAAAUCAGAAUGAUAGCCUUUGAAAAGACGAAAAAUAAUAUCGACCAGCGCUUUGCUCUGAGCCACGCUGGGGUUACUUUACUUGUUCUCUUGCUAGCUUUUUGCCUUGUACUUCACCAAGGAGGACUUCAUCGCUCUUAUUGGGAUACCUUGUCUUCUGGAAAAUGGGUGGCAAAAUGCCAGCUAUAGUGUUGGCUGGUUUCUAACAGGCGGGUUGCUUGUGCGAAACCUUCUCUCCUGUUUCACUUAGGAUAGUAGCCUUUAAAAAAACGAAAAAUAAUAUCAGCUAGCGGUGUAUUCCGAACCACGCUGAGGUUAAUUCGCUGUCCGCUCGCCUAAUUUGUGUCCUAUACCCCAAUAAGACGGGUUCUUUACGGAUUCAUUGAUACUUCAUUUUGGUUUGUUUGAGUGUUGGCAUUCGCCAUUUUAGAAACGAGAGGGAAAAACAGCCAAGUUAACUUUCGCGAAGACUUCUGGGACUGUUUCUAGGGACAGGAAAAAAUUGUCCAAUAGCUGAUCGGCGCGUCCUCAGUAACCAUCCUACAAACAAUUGCGGGACGCAUUUCGGCUCCAGUUCCCUUCUCGUUUCUAAAAAGGCUAAUACUUGACAAUUAUUCCUCGAGCCCGAAUGGGCUCUGAGUCAAUAGCCCAUGAGGCCGAAGUGCCGUAUGGGCUAUUGACUUAGAGGCCAUGAGGGCGAGAGGAAUAAUUGUUUUAGUAAAAUCCAACUAGUUGGUCAAAAAUAUCGAUACAAUACAAUUUUAGCUAGCAGAACGCGGUUCAGCCGCCAUUGUUUUGGUUUUCAAAGCCGGCGCUUUUCGCUACUAGUGUGCUAUAACAUAUAGGCUAGUAGUAGCUCAACCAUUCAGAACGCAGCAUUGGUAAUAGACCACUAGUUGGAUUUUGCUAAAUGUCAUUAGAGAUUCGUUACUUCCUAAGUCCUUUAUAGUUAUACUGGAGUGAACUUACUAUUGACUUUUCUAGAUCGCUCCGUUAUUCAGUUGAGCGCUAAAGCAUUUAAGGAUCCCUCUGGCUAUUUUGAGGAAGAAGACAGUCCAGGUGCUGUUCGACGCUAUUCAAAGCAAUUAAUGAAAGGAAUACUAGGGCGUGAGAUACAGGAUAGCGUCUUGAAUGAAGAUAUUUCAAAGGUGUGUUUCUUUAACAGCCCGAUGAUGAUAAAUAAAUUUAAUUGAAUGGUGCGUACAAUAUACAAUGACAACGAUCAUUACCCUCAUGUAGAUGCUGACUCAUGAUCUGUUAGAAAUUUAAUCCGCAAAUUAAUUGAAAAACAAAACAAAGCAGUGAUAACUACAAAAGAAAAAGGAAUAAUUACUAAACAAACCAAAUGCGACAGAAGAAGACGCGCCCCCUAUUGGUCUUCACAUGUAACGUGCUACUUCAAAACCUACUACCGACAUUAAUGCUACCACCACCACCACCACCGUCACGGCUUUUUUUGAAUCAUUUAAAACAUUUACUACAAACGACUUUACGAAGUUACAAACAAUGAAUAAGAAUUAUUGGGUCACAUAAGGCUGAGUACGAUAUGAAGAAUGAAGGCGAUCGAAAAGAAUGUUGAGCUCCGUGCAAACGGACGCAGCGUUAUUGCGCCAACAACCCCAACAUUGUUUGGUGUUACAUUUUGUGUUCGUGUGCACGGAAUGCUGCAUAUUGUUGUGAGAGCUGGAAGUGAGGUUGGAAGCGUAACAAUGUUGGAUCUGUUUGCAUAGCCCUUCCAACAUUGUUGGGGCUUCACAUGCGCAUUACAGAUUGUCCCUUUGAACAUAAUUCAUGUGUGUCACAGUAUUGCCGACAGAAUUCUGUUAAUUUUUCAAUUAUUUUAUUACUCAUUCAAACUCGUUCAUAACGUCCUUACCUUCAUUUAGAAUUCCCAUAUCUCGACAGUUUCAGGAUCCAAAAUUAUGUCAGUGCGACUACAUAACCAGUUUCAACACUGCUUUACAAGACUUUUUGCUCUGCAUGCAAACGAGGCUGCCAUAACGAGCAUUCACACAUUUUAUAAUUUUCUCCCCAGGUGGCAUUGUUCACUUCACAUAUCGAAAACGCCGUGUGGGGAUCCGAAAACUACAAAUCAUUUACCACCAGACUUGUGCGUCGUUAUAUUGGAACCUGCAAUGGCGUUCUGCGCAUUUUUCCGGGUGCACCGCUGCCUGCGAAUUUUGAUCAUGUGACGCGGCCAUGGUAAGACAACAUCAUUGAAAGUGCGCUCCCCCCAAAGCGGGAAAUAGUUAGAUUAUGUAAAUAGAGUUUUUAUAAACAUAAAGUAAUUUCGUGUCGUAAAGGUAACAAAUAGUUAGGCUUAUGAUGUUUCAUGGAUGAAAGCUUGAUAGGCAUUUAAAUUUUAUCACGACCACUCAAAUUUUCUGGUAAAUGAAAUUUGUCCACAUGCCUCAUCGUCACUCGUGGCCGUUGUCUUGCAUUGUUUCCCCUAUUCUUUUCAGACGGUGUUCUUGUGCUACAUUUGUUAUGACGGCUACCUUUUGAAGGCCUCCAGAAAAUGUCAUGGGAUAUUUUAUAAUUAUACUAAAAGAUGGCUGUAAAAAGUCCUUUACCUGAUCUUAUCCCUUGUUUUCUUUUAGGUUCAUUUCCGCAGCCGCGAACAAGGAUGUAGUCACCCUAACACCACCCUACCUAGACCCCUUGGGAGCAGGAUUCAUCGUCUCAAUCAGUCAUUCCCUAAAAACAAAAUUUAAUAACAAACGUUCGUUAGAGAAGCUGUUCGGUGUUGUUGGAGGAGAUCUUGCCGUGUCAAGUCUCGGUGCAAUAUUGGCAAAGAAAAUAGGAACAAACUGCAAAAAUGCCGGGAUGAGAUGCUUCCUGAUGGACAAUAGUGGUUACAUUGUUUACCACCCCAACUUUGAAAAUGUCUUUAAUGACUCAAGCAAGGUACGGCCGAGACAAAGCCUCUAAAAAAGUAGGAGGGGUGCAAGGGUGGCGCAGUGGUGAGUGCCUUCGCUUCGCACCAAAGUAUCGGUGUCGACGCCAUACAAAUUAUGUGGGUUGAGGUUGUUAUUGGUUCUGUCCUUUGCAUCGAGAGGUUUACUCCGGGUACUAAGGUUUUCCCCUAAUUCGACCAGGAAUGGUAGACGAAGAACCUCCACAUGAACGUGCUACGUCUAAAUCAUUAUUUUUUUUUAUAUGUAUAUUUAUUUGGUUGUUGUUUUUUUCUUUAUCUAAUAAAAUUUUAUGGACUUCGAAGCAGUGAAAAGAUUGAUGAGAGACGCGAAUUGGAAUGUGCCCUUCAGACAUGGUAAAACCAGGCCCAACGACUAAGCAAUCUGAACUGUUUUAAAAUGUGUACAACCUGGGAUCUGAAGUUGCCUCGUAUCGAAUUAAUACCAGCCGACAAAAAUGAGGGAAUGUUUCCUUGUAUGCUGAGUUUUGUUUCCGACUUGUUUGCUAUUCCCUCGGUGACUGGCUAGCAUGACCAGGGCUCGAUUGUUCAAACGGUUGGGUACCGCUGUCUAUCCACCAGAUGAAUCCCAUCCAGCGGAUAAGUAUUGGGGAAACCAAUUGAGCUAUCCAAUGGAUAGCGUUAUCCACUUUUUGAACAACUGGAGCAUAGGCGGCAUUACAGAGAAGCAUAAAACCAUGCCUUCUGUUUUCAUUUCGUAACGGUCUUUCGUUAGCGUUCAUCGUACAAUAAGUAUUUGUUUUUAAAUUUUAGAUUGUCAGCAAACAUAUCACUGAGAUGGAUGGUGCCAUUGCACAGGAUCUGAUCAAGAACAAAGUCAUGAGGAGGCGGGCAUGCCAGAAUUUUAAUCUCUUAAAACUUCAACGAUUUUACGAGGUACUGAACGUGUAGUAAAGAGAAAGAAAUAGGAUUGAGGUGUACGAGACAACAGUUUUUUGUAACCAUGUACCACAGGUGCGUAUGGCAUACAAUGUAUACGAAAGUGUUCCCGGUUAUACGCACGCCCGUACUACUUAUGCACGUAACUGGAAGUGAAACGAUAGACAUUUAUCCGUGUAGGGCUAUACAGAUGGCCUUUAAAUUCCAGUAAACAAUGAAAAUGACUUCAACGUAUAAGUUAAAGAUUAACAGGGUGAGGUAUGAUUAAGUUUUGCAUGUUAUGAAAUGAAAUCUUAAUUAUAAUCGAAUUCAUAUUCGACUCUAUACGUGGUAGUUGUAAUCCUGUGCCGUUUAUUCUGAAAAAUUAGAUUACUUUGGACGACGAAAGCUUCAAAGGCAAGACCACAAAGAAAGGUUGCGAGUCUUACGAAAUUGCCAAGCUACGAAAUACAAACGUUUUUGUAGUUCAGGUAGAAGCAGAAAUCUGCCUCACCAAUGUAAUGACUUGUCCUUGCGAUGAUAUCUGUAAGUCAACCAGCGACCAGUUUUGCGAGUGUCCUUGCAAAGGCCGCUUGAAGUAUGACAUCUGCAACGCCAACGUCACUGGUGAAAGGUAAGUAAAAAGACAAGUGAGGUGGUGUUGUAUUGGCGUUAACCGUUUUUGGUUAGUUGGCUUUUUUCUAAUUCUAUUGGGAAAACGCGGUUUGUUUAAUCCGACAACUUUUCUAGCUUGGCUGCCUUUUACUUUAGGCUAAGGUUGCGUUUUUUUUAUAGUCCCAUCUAUACAAGGAAAAACAAAAAGAAUUAAUUAACAUUAAACUGAAACUUUCUGUCCUGUUCAAAUAGGCGGGUCUCUUAUGACGCUGGUCCCACCUUCUGUACGGUUCCAUUGCUUAUAUUGCUUGAAUCCUUUUCAGUGACCUCCCAGUUUGUGCCCCAGGAUCGCCACCCUUAAAUCCUCGUUGGCCCCUCUCAGCACACCCAGACGAUAUAGGCGAAUGCAUCAGAAUCAACUGCGCUCAAUACAAGUCCAAACAUGACUGUAACGAGAUCUUUGGCUGCGUCUGGUGCCAUAAAAAGAUGACGGAUGGAUCACUUCUAGAGCAUCCCAGAUGUAAAAAGGAUAAAGAGUGUUUUGGUGGCGAAUUAGGACGACCAAAUCCAUUUCUACUUCCGCUCAAACCGAGAAAGACGAAACAACAUUCUCGAUCGUUCAAACUUGUCGGUUUGGAGUUAAGCGUGACGACUCUUGUUGCUGCUGGUAGUGGUGUGGGAGGCGGUAUAUUAAUUAUUAUCAUCAUCAUCUGUUGUCUGUGUAAGAGAAAGAACAAAUGGAAUGUCGACUUAGAUGAUUUGGACAUGUUCGAGCCAGGUUGGUAUACGUGGUACUCGGGCGGAAAUUCAUCAUUUCCCUUCAAACAAUAUAUUAGGUCAUUCAAGAUUUAACGUAGAAUAAGUAGAAAUGACAGUUUUACGGACACAGACUUGAGGACGGCGUCUGCUUUAAUAAGGGGAAUUAUACCUAUGUACAUAAGAUCGAACAUACUGUAGUUGGCCUUUACGACCCUAAAUCAUCCAACGUCACAUGAGCACUCACCUCGACUGUGUAUUGGUAAUUUCAAUAAAUUAACUGCAUGUAAUAUCAGCUUCCGCUGACCUUAAAGCCACCUCUGUUUUUUUUAUGUCAUGGGAGGGGAAGUUGGUUAAGCCCAGGUAGUUACAGGUUUUUGCCUUUUUUUCUGAGCCCCCUAUAAGCAAGUUGAUCUUGAAGUUUAACUCAUUUAUUGUUGCAAAUGUUACAGAUCUUCCCAUGAUGGAUUACCCUGGACAAGUGCAGUCCACAAUGCACAUGGGUCAAAGGCAGUCCACAAUACACAUGGGACAGAGACAGUCCGCGAUGCACAUGGGACAGCGGCCGUCAGCAAUGCAUAUGGGACAAAGACAGUCCACAAUUCACAUGGGACAGCGGCAAUCUAACAUGCAGAUGCGAUUGGCAGCCCCUGGUAAGCAUACUUUAUAGCGGAGCUCUCGCGCGCGAAGCGCGCCAGCGGAGCACCAUGGGUAAGAAAAUGAAGUAAUCUACCCAUCCGAGAAAAUUUGGUAAUCACGUGACCGUACACCGUCCUCCCGAGAGACCGUCCGUCCGCACCACAAGCCUACCAAUGUAAAAUAACUCAAUCAACAGGUAUGGCAACCCAACUCGAGGUUAUUUUGGCGGGAAAUCGCAUAGCCACCGGCGUCUUGUCAAGCAGAGACAACGAAAGAGUCGAUAAAGACGAAAACGGAAAGCGCUAAUUGUUUCUGCGUCCGUGUUGUCUAAAUUAUUAAGCUUAGAUAAAUUGUCAUGUCCACAAAUCUGGAAUAUAGAGCAAGAGAAAGACAGAGAAAAAGAGAAAGUGGGCGGCAGGCCAGCGAAGCUCAACGAGAAAAAGGGCUACAGGGAUUUAGAGCGAGAGAUAAAAAACAAAGGAGACAUUUUUUUGUUGGAAGAAUAACAUGAAAAUUUUGUAGCGGCGGUGAAAAAGGGAGAAAUGCUAGCGGCCACCAAUGCAAGGUGAAAAUGAGCGGCAGUGAAAAAAGGUGAACGGGAACACAUACGACAUUUCCUCCAUAAAACGUGUAACUAAGACGUUUCUGGAAGUUUCACGUUUUAGUCGUGCAAACAAAAGCAAAGAAAUGUACAAAAAAGUGUGCUACACGUGCAAAGUUGCUUUUGCUAAUUAGACCUAUUGUUGUUUUUCACCUUUUUCCGGCGUUGCAUGCCUUAACCGCUUAGCAUUACACGAUUUUAUAUUUUGUGUGAACAAACUGUAAAUAUUAUCGAGAGCUUCGCUUUUAGCCCAGGCUAAAUCUAUAUGUUAAUUAAAUCCACUCUGGUGGCUGCAGUGUCGUAGUGUAAUGCCCGAGAGUGAUAGAUUGUUAGACAAAUGAACAUUUGGCCGAAAAUUGAAGCUUUGCGCACAACUGUGAGAUUGUGAAGACGAUCGUUCACCUGAAGGCAUUAUCUUUUGAUUCUAGCCUUUCGUUUGCCCGCUUCAGUAGGAUAAAAGUUAGAACUUGUUGUGAUUGUCUUCGCGGGCGCAUGCACAAGCACAUGGUAACAGCUUGACUUUUUAAUAUAUUUAAUUACAGUCUUCGUUUCCUUUAUCGAGUCCAACUUGCCCGCCCAGAGGCACGUAGAUGCAAGUAUCUAAGUUCCGUUUUGUAUAAUUCAGUUUCACGUAUAGCGCGACUAAGACUAAGAAAAGUACUAUAUAGUUAGCGCCAGCCAACCGCACUGCAUGAAGUAGCCUUUUCCAGGCGUUGAGAUAUAGUAGAGUGCGGUGUUCGGGUGGCGGGCAGCGAGAUAAAUCGUACGCGGAGGAAACGAGGGGGAACAAACGAGGGGAGAAUUGAGUCUCUCCUUUUUGCUUUUUUUUUCGUCAAUUUUUUGACCGCGCUUUACUAUCUGAACGCCUGGAACAGGCUAUUUAUAAAGCUGUAUACGGGGAAAGGUCAGGAAAUGUUAAUUAUCCCACGAUUGACUGCUUGUGACAUUUUGUUAUUAGGAAUGCAGUACUCUCAGCAAGCAAUGUCCACCAUGUGGUGUAAAGCAUACGGACCAUCACAACUCAUGAACUUUGUUCCUCAAGUCAGUACCAUGCAAGCACCGGUUUCCACAGUCCGAACAGCUCCCCCCAACAAGGCCACACCCAACACCCCGAGGAGGGUGUCCCUCUCUGCCGACAUCACGGAAAUGCCAACUGAAGAUUCUUCAAUCUCUUAUCCCGAUGACCAAGAGUUCUAA